CCCCCCCCCCCCAGCAGCAGCAGCAGCAGCAGCACGCUGACUUGCAUGCGAUUAUCAGAGCCGGGUGCUCCUGCGUGGAGGGACUUGGCCCCCCGAGACGCUGCUGCCUGUGAAUGACAGAUCCAAAGUCAGGCGCGCAGAAUCGGCCGGACAGUCCUGCGGGUUGGCGGCAGCCGCGGGCGGAAGGGCAGAAUGAAAGAUUCCGAAAAUAAAGGUGCCUCGUCUCCCGACAUGGAGCCCAGCUAUGCGGGUGGUCUCUUCGACAUGGUGAAAGGAGGGGCCGGGAGGCUCUUUAGUAACCUCAAGGACAACCUGAAAGACACACUCAAAGACACGUCUUCUCGAGUUAUACAGUCCGUGUCCAGCUACACCAAGGGAGACUUGGACUUCACUUACGUGACCUCCAGAAUCAUCGUGAUGUCCUUUCCACUGGACACCGUUGACAUAGGGUUCAGGAACCAGGUGGAUGACAUUCGCAGCUUUUUGGAUUCCAGACACCUUGACCACUACACGGUGUACAAUCUGUCACCCAAGUCGUAUCGCACCGCCAAGUUCCACAGUAGGGUCUCAGAAUGCAGCUGGCCCAUCCGGCAGGCCCCGAGCCUGCACAACCUCUUCGCAGUAUGUCGUAAUAUGUAUAACUGGCUACUACAGAACCCCAAAAACGUCUGUGUUGUCCAUUGCUUGGACGGGCGGGCAGCAUCGUCAAUUCUGGUUGGUGCUAUGUUCAUUUUCUGUAAUCUCUACUCUACUCCUGGCCCAGCAGUUCGAUUGCUGUACGCAAAGCGACCAGGAAUCGGACUUUCGCCGUCCCACCGGAGAUACCUGGGCUAUAUGUGUGACCUGCUAGCUGACAAGCCCUACCGCCCGCACUUCAAGCCUCUCACAAUUAAGUCCAUCACUGUCAGUCCGAUCCCCUUUUUUAACAAACAGAGAAAUGGAUGUCGCCCUUACUGUGAUGUGCUGAUAGGAGAAACCAAAAUCUAUACAACUUGCACGGAUUUCGAGCGAAUGAAGGAAUAUCGUGUCCAAGAUGGGAAAAUCUUCAUUCCCUUGAAUAUCACGGUGCAAGGAGAUGUGGUGGUUUCCAUGUACCACAUGAGGUCAACCAUCGGGAGCCGGCUACAGGCUAAGGUGACCAAUACACAGAUAUUCCAGCUUCAGUUUCAUACGGGAUUCAUACCACUGGAAACCACCGUCUUAAAGUUUACCAAGCCAGAGUUGGAUGCAUGUGAUGUACCAGAAAAAUAUCCUCAGCUAUUUCAGGUGACUCUGGAUGUGGAACUGCAGCCCCAUGACAAAGUGGUAGACUUAACCCCUCCAUGGGAACAUUACUGCUCGAAAGAUGUCAAUCCCAGCAUCCUCUUCUCUUCCCACCAGGAGCAUCAGGAUACGUUGGCCUUAGGAGGACAGGCUCCAGGGGAUCUCCCCCCAGACCACCCCAGACAGCCCGGGCAAGGUGGCUUCUUCUCCUCUCUCUGUUGGCAAGAUCAGAAAUCGGAGAAGUCCUUCGGCGAGGAGGACCACGCGGCGCUGGUGAAGCAGGAGAGCGAGCAGUCGGACGACGAGCUGCUGACCCUGUCCAGCCCGCACGGCAGCGCCAACGGGGACCGGCCGCACGGAGGGGCCCGCAAGGCGGGCAAGCGGCAGCCCGAGCCCGCCGCGCCCCCGCCGCCGCCGCCCGAGGACGUGGACCUGCUGGGCCUCGAGGGCUCGGCCCCGAGCAAGGCCUUCUCCCCGCCCGCCGCGCCGCCCUCCAACUCGGAACUGCUGAGUGACCUCUUCGCGCCCGCCGGGCCGCCGGGGGUGGACGACGUCUUCCACGCCAGCGGACCCGCGUCCACGCAGUCCACACCUCGCCGCGCGGCCACCUCCACCUCGGCGUCCCCGACCCUGAGAGUGGGCGAAGGUACCACCUUUGACCCAUUUGGAGCACCCUCUAAACCAGCAGGUCAAGACUUGCUGGGUUCUUUCCUGAGCACCUCUAAUGCUUCCAGUGACCCCUUUCUUCAGCCUACAAGAAGCCCCUCUCCUACAGUGCAUGCUUCUAGUACACCUGCUGUGAACAUUCAGCCAGAUGUCUCAGGAGGUUGGGACUGGCACGCUAAACCAGGGGGGUUUGGAAUGGGAAGCAAGUCAGCGGCCACCAGCCCAACGGGAUCCUCGCAUGGCACUCCCACCCAUCAGGGCAAGCCCCAAACUUUGGAUCCUUUUGCUGAUCUCGGGACGUUGGGUACGAACUUAACAGGCAGCUCCUCUUUUGCCAGCAAGCCCACCACACCGACGGGGCUGGGCGGAGGAUUCCCGCCUCUCAGCUCACCCCAGAAAGCCUCUCCCCAGCCCAUGGGGGGCGGGUGGCAGCAAGGGGCCGGCUACAACUGGCAGCAGACCCAGGCGAAGCCCCAGCCCAGCAUGCCACACUCCUCACCCCAGAACAGGCCCAACUACAACGUGAGCUUCUCGUCCGUGCCAGCCGGGCAGAGCGAGCGGGGCAAAGGAGCUGCUAAUCUGGAAGGGAAACAAAAGGCAGCCGACUUCGAAGAUCUCCUGUCCAGCCAAGGUUUCAGCGCACACAAAGACAAAAAGGGGCCUCGGACAAUAGCUGAGAUGAGGAAGGAGGAAAUGGCCAAGGAAAUGGAUCCUGAGAAAUUAAAGAUUCUGGAGUGGAUCGAAGGCAAAGAGAGGAAUAUCCGAGCGCUGCUGUCCACCAUGCACAUGGUGCUCUGGGAGGGGGAGACCAGGUGGAAGCCAGUGAGCAUGGCGGACCUGGUGACGCCGGAGCAGGUGAAGAAGGUGUACAGGAGAGCAGUGCUGGUGGUGCACCCCGACAAGGCUACCGGGCAGCCCUAUGAACAGUAUGCAAAGAUGAUUUUCAUGGAGCUCAAUGAUGCCUGGUCUGAAUUCGAGAAUCAAGGCCAAAAGCCCCUGUAUUAACGUGUGAGCUUUUCCCUCUCUGCUGCAGACCCGUGCUAACGCUUUGUGUGUGUCAGUUCUGAGGAUGUCACAGAUGAAACCCAAAUUCCAGUAACACGUAUCCAGUACUAAAACUGUUACCUUACUCGUGAAUUAAUUCCUUGUGGAUAAAGAAUGUGGAUGUGUGUUUUCUCCAGUUCCCCUCCCUCGACCCCCCCCCCCCCCCCCCCCCGCAUAAAGCAGGAGAGCAGCGUUAGUCAGAGGGCCUCACAGAGAGUCCCCACAUUCCAGUCUGCCUUUGGGGGAGCCUACUCAGCAUUUCGUGGGGGAACGGAAAAGAGAGGCCUUGAAGGCAUAACACCAGUCCUCACUGUUGGAGAACAGGAUUAAUGAGCCCAGUGGAUGAUAAUGGGCUUCCACGAUGGAGUCUAACUUUUGGUUUUUAAGAUUUUUCUUAGAAAGCUGUAAUUUGAGCAGCAGCGUCAUUACACAGACGUCAGGAACACAACCACCAAGCAUUUUCGUGAUGGAAAUUCACGAUGGUCAGAGCGUAAGACUGUCUACCUGUUUAGGUCGAGGAGACUCGCAGAUGCAGACAGAACUUGAACUGGGGGAGGGGUGCGAUUCUACUCCAAUCCCACGACUGACAUCAGCUCUUUCUGGAGAAACGAAAAAAAAAUUAAAAAAUGAGUGAAAAGGCUAGUGAAUGAAGCAGGGACUCUGCGGAUAUAGAAAUCCUUGUUCCUGCUCAGAAAGUUGGGCUAAAACUCUCCUUUCCUGUUAGAAAAACUGUGGUUACUGGCACAAAAAAAAAAAAAAAAGGUCUUCAUACCAUAACAACUUUCCACCUGAUUUGAAAGGAACUUUGUUGUAUAGCUUAAUACUAUUCCUUUAAGCUUAGCCAAGAAAGUGUUGGACAGAAGCAGGUCGUGAGGUAGAACCGUUGUCUGAUGGGGACUUGGUGUCCUUCGGGUUUGGCAAGCGAGAGAAGACAGGGCAACCCCAGCCUCCAGCAAGCAGACAGCCCCGUCACGGCCAGGAGGGACCCGCACUCACCGAGCCAAGGCAGAGUGUCAGGAUCCGCUUUGAGGAACCAAGUUCCUGGAGCUGCCUGUGGGGACGGGACCCCCUUGUGCUGUUCUAGUUGGAGCUGUUGUUUCGCAAGUGGUUGGGGAUCUACAGGAAAAGCAUUCACACAGGCACCUCUGUGAAAAGGAAGCCAGAAUGAACAUUUGUGACCCUGAGGUGGGUUGGAUUCCAGUUCCGUGUUUGGGGGUUUCUCUCGGAGGGUGAGCAGCUGUUUCCCCGUGGCUCUCGUAGACCUCUUUGGUGUACACAUACACCGUGUGCAUAGUAUGUAUAUAGAUAUACACACAUAUACAUAUAUAUAUGCAAAGCAGAUGGGCAGAAAGAUUUCCCUGCUAAUCUUUAAGGUUCAUGCUCAAUAUUGUGAAAAGCUUUCAAAAGUUGUUUUUAUAGGACAAUCAUUUUUUAAUUUCUAUUUUAAUUUUUCCUGUGGUAAAAUGUACCAGAAAAGCAGCAUGUCUGAAACAUUUUAUACUGUUUUGUUCUGUAUAGCAUCUCUCUCUCUCUCUCUCUCUCUCUCUCUCUCUCUCCCUUUUUUCUUUUGGUUACAAAGAUUCAUAAUUUAUUUUACCUUUUACUGACCAUGUGAAACUUGCAUAAAAUUAUCUCCUUGGAAAUAUACAGCUGCAAAAUGUUCAAGGUAACCACAACAAACUAGGUGUUAUUUAUUAACGUAUUAUAAAAAUAAUGUUUGCUCCAGUACGUGCUUGUCUUAUUUAAAAUUGGAAUGAGACAUGUUGCUGUGACCUGUUUUUUUCUCAUUCAUUCACAUGUGUAGAUAUUGUGUGAACUACGUAUAUAAUGAUAACAAUUAAAAGGAUAGUAUGUGAAUGUCACGUACAUUUUGAGAUGAUAGAACUAUAUUAGCUUUGUAUCAUGUUUGAAUAAUUCAUCACUGUUCAUAGUUUAAAACAUCAUUAAACAUCAUGUAACUAGCAGUGAGGAAGAAUCGUAACUACCUUAAAUUUGGGGUUUCCCUCAUCUCUUUCCCAGAUACAUUAUAAUUCUGGACCCCUCUUCAUCUCAAAACUCUUAACUUAUGCAGACCAACAGCUUUUUGCAUUCCUUCAACUAUGGUUGUGACAGAACUGUUGUUGAUCAGAUUCAUCAUUUCACUCAUAUUUAUUGUAAUAUAUAUUGUUUUGUAAAUAUGUUACACAAAAUGUGAUUGUCUAAAAUAUUUGUAAUGUAUAUUAAAAGACUCAAAAAUA